CUGCAUUAUAAUCGAUCAGAUGAUGUGAAAGUCGGCCAAAAUCAUGAUAGGGAAAUCGAUCCGGCAAAAUAACAGCGAAUGUGGUUUGUGUUAAGUGUUUGAAAGCUGAAGAAAACAUUUUCGACACAAGCAUCGAAGUUUCAAGAUUCCGAAUAAUGACGAUAAGCAUUUAAUACCCUGAAUAACAGAAAGGAGGUGAAGUACGUUAAAGUAAACAAGUAGCGGUAAAUGUUCUCCUUGCCUUUGAUUAAUUGGGAAUUCUAGACCGCUAAUGCCUCCAUGUUGCAGCAGAAGAGUUCCUCAAACAAAUCACCUAUGAGUGAAUUUUGAGACUUAAGUCAGUUAUUGGUACUGGACAGUAAUCAUGAAAGUUGAAAAAAUUACUUUCCAAAUGUUGGCUAAAAAGAACAGCAACAAGCGUACAUCAAAUAAGAAGCAAUGUACCCUAAUGCUUAGGGAGGAAUUGUACCGAUUUGUUCCAGAAGCAAUGAAAUUUUGUCAUCAGUAUUCUCUACUGAACUACAAUCCAUCCACGUCUAUUUCUCAAGAUCCAAACUCCUGGGGGUGCAAGCAUAAGUAUUUAGAAUUUUUAUUCACCGAAUUUGUAUAUAUUAUUCUUUUUAGUUACAUUUUUGCUGCAUGGAAGGUACAGUAGAUUAUCAAUGCACCACUUUCCACAGGAAUAUCUUCAGUCACUUCCGUAAACUCUGGUUAUUUCGGGGUUUGUUCGUUCGAUAUUGUUGGAUUCGAAUGAUACCAAU